AUGGAGCCUAAAAGGCUUGAGGAUAGAUCGAGUCCUCCUAUUAAGUUAGGUACUCGUGUUGUUGUGACAACACAAAACAGUGAGCUAACUGGGGAAUUGCGAUAUUACGGCCAAUUAAAAGGAACAACCGGGAACUGGUACGGCAUAAAUCUUGAUAACCCUCUGGGCAAAAAUAAUGGAACUCUUAAUGGAGUUAAAUAUUUUGAAGCAAACCUCAAUCAUGGUAUUUUUGUGCGAAUAAAUCAAGUAAAACCCAUUGAAGAAGAAGAAAAAAAGAACAAAAGAGCCGUGACUGCUUUUAUCGGCAGUGGAAUUCGAACAACCAAAAAGAAAGCUGACAAUCCUGACGAUCCUGAAGAUGUAGAAGAAAAAACUGAAGAAGUCGAAGAGUCAGCAUUAAAACAAAUAAGAGAAGAAGCCAAAGCAAAAAUCCAAGAAAAAAAGCAAAUUGCUGAAAAGAAAGCUAAAGAAGAGCUCAAAAAGAAAGAAGAUACAGAAGACAAGAAAAAUCCAGACAUACCUGUUAGUACUGAAGAAGUCAAAAAAUUGAAGGCUGAUAUUUCUGAGUACAAAAAACAAGUAGAAUCAUUAAAGAAAGCAUCAGCAGAAUCAAAAGAAAAAGACAAAAUCAUAGAUGAACUUACCAAAAAAGUUAAAGAGCUUGAAAGCAAAACCAAAGGCAAAAAAGGAGCAAAAGAAGAAGUUUCUCUCCAUGAAAUCAUUGAAAACUUAACAUUAGAGAAAGAGCUAGCAGAGGAAAAUGAAAAAGUUUUGCAAAAAGAAAUUGAAGAGCUAAAAGAAGAAAACGAAGCUCUAAAAGAAGAAAUUGAGCUAACUCCCCCCCCCAUCCUUGAUCGAACGAUUGACUGUAAAAAUUCCUAAAAAUUGGGGAAAUUAAACCCCCAUCCUUGAUCGAACGAUUUUCAUAUCAUGCAAAUUUUUAUAUAUAUAAAAAAAUUAGUUAUCAAACGCUUUGGAAGAUGUGCCUAAUGAAGUUGUUUUCAGAGCUUUGAGACGACAGAAAGCUGCGAAAUCAACCAUCCGAAGUGAUUUAGACAUCAACCUAGGCUUAAAAGCUCAAUAAUCUAAUAAAAUAGAGAUUCUUUAAAAUUUUAAAAAAAUAUUUAAUUUAAAAUAAAAUUUAUACAGUUUAAAAGGGUAACUAAUAAAUCAAAAUAUUAAAAAUUGGUAUUUUUAUGAAAUUAAUUCAAUUUUUUGCUGUAAAAAUAAUUAUUAAAUACUCUUAACCCUCUUAUUUAAAGUAAAUAAAAAAAAUCUCUAUAUAUAUCUUUUUCAUUUUAUAUAUAAAAAAUUUUUUUUACCCCCAUCCUUGAUCGAACGAUGGCGAGUCGUUCGAUCAAGGAUGGGGGGGAGUAAGAAAUCUCGAAAUGGAAGAGAUUCAGUCGAGCCAAGGAGGCGAAAGCAGUGAAGUUGAAGUCUCCCAAUUAAAAUUGGCUUUGAAAAAACUAUAUUCAGAUUAUCAGAACUCCAAAGCAGAGUAUGAAGAGCGUAUAAAUCUACUGGAAAAUGAACUAGGAUCACUGCCGAAUGCAGAAGAAACCCAAAAACAAAUAGUUGAUCUUAAAUCACAGUUAGAGUCCAAGCAAGCAGACAUAGAUGCACUAACUCACCCUCCUUUAAAUUAGGUAAAAUUUCCAUUUUUUGUACUUUAGCAUUGGAAAAUGUAUUUAAACUCUUCUAAAACUGUUUGACUUAAUUUAAUGGAAGGAGGGCAAGUAGAUUUUUACAUAAACACUCUAAAACAGAAUUGAUUAAUAUUUUAAUUUAAUUAUUCAUAAAAUUAAAUUAAAUUAACAAUUAUUUUUUUUAUUUUUUUAAAUUUUUUUUAAAAGAAAAUUAGCUCUCUUUAAAUCGGAACAGAUUUUUUUUCCGAUUCAAAGGGGGGAGUAAAUGAUGCACUUGAAGAAUCUUCAGGAUUAAAUGAUAUGGUUGAAAAUUUGACAGAUACCAAUUUAAAAUUAAGCGAAAAAAUUCAGAACUUAGAAGAGCAAAUUCAAGAAUUGCAAGAACUUCAUGAAAUGGAUGAACAAAUAACUGAAGAACAAGCAGAAAUUGAAAAGAAUCUAACGAAUGAAAUUUAUAAUAAAGAAAUUGAAAUCCAGGACUUGAAAAUAGAACUUCAGAAGUUGGAAGCCCAAAGAUUAGACUAUGAAAAAACAGCUAACCAAUUCAGAGUUAAAGUUUGUGAGCUGCAAAAUGAUAUUCAAAGCUUAGAAGAUCAAUUAGCUGACACUGGUGAAGAAGAGAAAAUGAAGAAAAUGCAAACCCUUAUGGAAAGAAACACGAUUUUAAUCAAUAAAAUCAGAGAAAUGAUGGGAAACCACAUAAACGGAAAAAUCAGUGAAAUCCAAAAUAUCAUUUUAGGCAGAAAAAUUACUUUUGUUCUUGAAGCAAUUCCUGACAGUAUUUUAGAGUCAAUGGACUUGGCAACUUUCGAAAAAUUCUCAGUGCUGAUGUGUGUGAAAUCAAAAGGAAUUUUACUUGUUUCUGAGCUCAUUAAUGAAACAUUAGAUGUGCCUAAUGAAAGACCUUUAAUUCGCUGGAUAUCAGAAUUGUCCUUCCAAACUGUAGGGAUUGUGAUAGAUUUAGCUUUAAUUGAAGAGCAUUUAAGAAAAAUCCCGCUGAAUGAGUAUCAAGAAUUAAUGAAACAUAUUGAAUGGGGGCAAGUUUUAUCAAUCAGCCAAUCAAUUGACUACUAUUUAAAAUUAAUAAAAGAAGGAGGCUUAUCUCCAUCAAUUUCACUAGAGCCAUACAUUUUGUCUUUAGAAGCAAUCCAUCAUUUUAGGGCUCAAAAUAUAUCUUUAAACCCAUCAAGAGUAUCUUUGGCAAGAGGAACUUUCCUUAUUACAGUUGCAAUUCAUAAUUUAAUUCAGAUGUAUGGGCUGGACGACUCAAUUGCUGCUGCAAUCGACUAUAAAGAUCUUAUAAACAAAUUCAAUAAUAUCACUUGCAAACUGCUGGAACUCUCAGGAGAUGAAGACUCUCAACAAAUGAGAAAUGUUGGCGAAAUUCUUAUAGCGCGAUAUAAUGCGGUCAGGCAAGUACUAAUGGAUACAGAAAUUAUUGACUAUUCCUCUUACAAUUGGAAUGAGUUCUUUAUAGAAAGUGAUAAAGACAGCAGAAGCAUUGUCUUACUUAACGGAUACAGAAAAGCAGAAAUUAAUGAAGACAAAGGCUCUUGGUCGACAAUUACAGGCCAAAUCAAAGAUAGACUUGCAAAUUUUGAGGGAACUUGCAAAGAGCUUGAAGAAACCAAAAACAGCUUAAAAGUUUCCUCCAUAAAACUACUGAAAACUGAAAAAGAAUUCAAUGAAAUGAAAAUCGCCAAAGGGAAUUUAGAAGUAAGAUUAGCAGAUGCUAAUGCGAAAUCUCAGAGGCUUGCACAAUUAGAAAUUGAAAAGAAGCGUCUGCAAGACAGAGAGAAGUAUUUUGAAGAGUCUUUGGAAGCUGUGAAUGUAGAAAUGGAAAAACUGCAGGAAAAAAAUAAGCAGCUCGAAGAUGAAAUUAAAUCUUUGAAAGAAGAAGAUGACGAAAUAAAUAAAUUCAGGUCAAACCAAUCACUUGUACCAACAGAUACUGGAGGAUUGAUUAAUAUGUGGAGAGGAGGAAGUAUUACUAGACACGGCGCAUCUGCUGGCCAAGAUGAAAUAGAAACUUUCAGAUCUGUUAUUGAUCAUUAUCAGCUACAACAUAGACAACUGAACUCCAGCAUAUUGAGAGCCCAGAUAAGAGAGCUGCCAAAACUUCCUCAGAUUCCGCAAAACCCAUUAAAAUCAAAAUUGGAAACAAUUUAUUCAUCUCAGGCAAAGCUUAAAAAAGAAAUUUCAAAGCUAAGGGUCAUUGAUUUAUCAGAUAGCAUGAAAGAAGAAAAAUUAUUGUAAGCGAUAUAUAGGAAAAGCAAAGAAACUCUUGAUGAUUUGACAUAUAAUGCAAGAAAAGCUUUAGAGAGCAUUACGAACUUUGUAACAAGUGAAAGUGGUGGAUUAGGAGCAUCAGCCUUCAAUAAAGAUGCAUCACAAGGGACUAUUGGAAAAAUCACUUUAGGAAGUGGAUCGGAGCCUGUUUCUGUUCAGGUUUCUUUAUCUGAAUUAAUUAAGUAUGAUGUCUCAGCCCGUCCUGCCCUCCAGGCUCGGCAGCUUCGAACACAUAUUUAAUUAUAUCUGGCAAGAUUUUGCUUAGAAAUGAACAGCAAUCUAGUUAAGAAUUUCUAAUUAUGUUUAGAGAAAAGGGUAGUCCUGCAUAAACCUUACAUAUAAUUAGCGCAUUCAUGCACUUUCCUUUGCGUGAUGCCAUGCGCAUCGUUGGGGUCUUCAAUUUCCAUAGGUUUGCAACCAAAGUCAGAAGUGCGACACAGUGAUUCAGAUCGCUUUAGUCCUGGCUAUUAUUAAGCACGGCUGAGAGCAGUCCACUAAGUUAAUGGGUUAUCCAUCGGAUCUGGUUCUUCCCUCCGGAUCGGAAUCGCCAAGAUAAUUGAGGAUGAAGCAAGGUAGAAGCUAUCGCAGCCUCGUUGUAUGCUGAGAGCUUCUUAAUAAUAUUAGCACUAAUCUGUAAAUCUUUAUAUGAAUUCCAAAGCAUUAAGAAAUUAUUAAAUUUGAAUUAA